AUGUACGCGGACCCGGACGAAAUGAGAGAGCCGCAAAGAGAGUUCGUUGCCCUAAAUGAAUUGUCGAGGAUCCCGAAACUGAUUCAGCUCCUUUCAAGGUACUGCGUGAUCGCGGCGCUCAAGUCCAACUUUGCAAAAAUCCAUAAAGCGUGGAUCCCAAUGGACUAUAACACGGGCGGUUGUGAAGGCGAUCUGGGAGAUGGAACCAUAUAUUUGUGGCAGAAUUUGCAAGAUUAUAGCGAGAAAGUCCAGCUGAUUGACGGAUAUUUUAUGAGUCUGGGUUUGGACUGGGACGCGCGAAGAACACUGAUGGUCUCUGAAUAUUCUGGAGAUACUGGAGCCGUCCAGCUCUGCCUUCCUGAGGCGCAAUUGAAUGGCAAGGGAGGCCAUUUGGAUUUGAAGGUUUGGUGCUCUACAAAUAGGGACGACGUCAAUUUUGGCAAUGUGGAAAUUAUGGACUGGAACAAUUUUGAGAAAUCUGGCCAGAUGCCUGAUCUGUCGGAUCUAGGGUUCUAA